GCUAUAUAAGCCGGCGACAAGAUUCCGGCCAUCUCCCAUCGCUCCAUUUCGCCGACAGACGCACGGAAGAUCUGUUGAUCAGGAACCGAAAUCAUUUCUUGAGAGAGAGAAGCUGAAAUGGCCCGCACGAAGCAGACUGCCCGGAAGUCGACUGGAGGCAAGGCGCCGAGGAAGCAGCUGGCCACGAAGGCUGCACGGAAGUCGGCACCGGCGACCGGAGGAGUGAAGAAGCCGCACAGGUUCAGGCCCGGGACGGUGGCGCUGAGGGAGAUCAGGAAGUACCAGAAGAGCACGGAGUUGCUGAUCCGGAAGCUGCCGUUCCAGCGGCUGGUGAGGGAGAUAGCCCAGGACUUCAAGACCGACCUCAGGUUCCAGAGCAGCGCCGUCGCCGCCCUCCAGGAGGCCGCCGAGGCGUACCUUGUUGGGCUAUUCGAGGACACGAACCUGUGCGCGAUUCAUGCCAAGAGGGUCACCAUCAUGCCCAAGGACAUCCAGCUCGCCCGCAGGAUCAGGGGUGAGAGGGCUUAGAAGCCGUUGGCAUAGGACUUUUGGUAAUUAGGGCAUUGCAAUGCAAUCUUUGUUAGCUAGUAAGGCUGUUUGUUCUUGGAGGAAAGGGAUGGGAUUACGGCAAUGGUGCUGUUUCUUGGUUGAAGUUGUCUGAUUCGAACUGAAGAUUACAAAUUACUGUAUAUUUCAAUCUUAUGAACAAGAAAGUUUGAACCUUUUUGGUGCUCAAUAUAGAUUGGAUCUCUAUUGCUUCUUUCA